GAAAAGGGGCGCUACAGGACUCAGAAAGGCGGUAAAUCGGUUCGUGGAACGAGGGCAGCAUGGCAUCCGACAAUACCAAGACGAACCUUAACGGUCAAAAGACCGUCUCCCAGAACGGGGAACCGGCCGUUAAGCGGCCACGGGAGAGUGUCCAUCAGGAGUCUUUGCUCGACAACCAGAAAGAGCCCCGGAACAAAGUGACCGUUGUGCUCGGAGCACAGUGGGGCGACGAGGGCAAGGGAAAAGUAGUGGACUUGCUCGCAAUGGACGCGGAUAUUGUAUGCAGGUGUCAGGGAGGAAACAAUGCGGGUCACACAGUGGUGGUGGACUCAGUGGAGUAUGACUUUCACCUGCUGCCCAGUGGGGUGCUCAACAAGAAGGCUGUGUCCUUCAUUGGCAACGGAGUGGUGAUACACCUGCCUGGUCUGUUUGAGGAGGCUAAGAAGAACCUGCAGAAAGGCAAAGGAUUGCAAGGAUGGGAGGAUAGAUUAAAGAUUUCUGAUCGUGCCCACAUUGUUUUCAACUUCCAUCAAGCUGUUGAUGGAAUCCAGGAGCAGCAGCGACAGCAACAAGAAGGGACAAAUUUGGGAACUACUAAAAAGGGUAUCGGUCCUGCCUACUCCUCCAAAGCUGCUCGCAACGGCCUGCGAGUCUGUGACCUUGUUGCAGAUUUCAAGGUUUUUGAGGACAAGUUUCGAGUGUUGGCAGAACAUUUCCUGGCCAUGUAUCCAAACCUUAACAUUGACAUUGACAGUGAACUGGAGCAGCUGAAGGAAUAUGCUGCGAAACUGCGCCCUCUGGUGACCGAUGGUGUGUACUUCAUGCACACAGCUCUUACUGGACCCAGUAAGAAGAUCCUGGUGGAGGGAGCCAACGCUGCUCUCCUGGAUAUUGACUUCGGGACGUAUCCUUUCGUGACGUCUUCUAACUGCACCGUGGGAGGAGUGUGCACCGGCCUGGGCGUGCCCCCGUCAUACGUCGGCCGAGUAUACGGUGUCGUCAAAGCGUACACCACACGGGUGGGCGUCGGUGCUUUCCCGACAGAGCAGGAUAAUGAGAUCGGGGCGCUGUUGCAGUCCAGGGGGAGAGAGUUUGGUGUGACGACGGGCAGAAGGAGGCGUUGUGGUUGGCUGGACCUGAUUUUGGUCAGAUACGCCCACAUGGUCAACGGCUUCUCUGCAAUUGCUCUAACGAAGUUGGACAUUUUGGACACACUGCCGGAAAUUAAGGUUGGCGUGGCCUACAAAAGUGACGGACAACCUCUGCCGAGUUUCCCUGCAAACAUGGACGUUUUGACGCGGGUGACAGUGGAGUACAAGACGUUGGAAGGCUGGUGCUGCAGCACUGAGGCUGCUCGGAGCUUCGAGGACCUGCCGAAACAGGCACAGGAUUACAUUCAGUUCAUUGAGGACUUCCUGCAAGUGCCGGUGAAAUGGGUUGGAGUCGGCAAGUCCAGAGAGAGCAUGAUCAAACUGUUUUGAUCCCUCCACAGUUUCCACAUCUGUCGCCUUCCUCAGCGACAGCUCAGAUGAUAGCUUCAGGUUUUGACAGGAUUAUCAGAGGAGUUUAAAAUGCAGACUCUAUCCUAAAGGAAAUACUUCACCAGCAAUUCUUUUUGUGAAACUUUUAGUUGCUGCUUGUUCAUCACAUAUACAGUAAUUCUUCAUAGAUAUAAUUUAUGCAUUCCACAUUAGGGUCUCUGUAUUUAUUAGGUUUUUAAUUUUUAAAACCUGGUGUGCAGUCGUUCUUUGUUUCAUUCCACAGUAAAGCACAGUUUUUUUGUUUUUUUGUUUUUUUUUUUAAGCAUUUGAAGCUAAUUAACCUUCAUUGACAUCUGUCAUCUGUUCACCGUGUCUGCUUUUUCUUUUUUGUUUGCAUAUGUUUGAAAAACCAUUGAGGAAGAAGAAGGCUUUGUAUUAAAAGUCAAAAUAAAACAAGAGAUUAUUUUUAGAUUUUGUAAAGAGGUGUAAAAAUGAUUGGGAGCCAUUAUGUGAUCAGUAAGAUUCUAAACAUUUCUGUUACAGUUUUAGACCAAAAGACAAAAACACGAAUGCAUCUGGGUUAUUAAGCUGGUAACACUACUUUCAUAAUGAUUAUUGGAGUGAACAUCAUGCUUUUUUAAAAUCAUCCUCAGAAUCAAGAAAUCAACACUAUGGAAUUCGAGUUAAAUACAUCAUUUCUCUGUGUUUGUGUAGAUGUACAGAAAAUGGUGGGCAGUAGUGCACCAGACCAGAUGACGUGUCCUUCAAUUUGUCGAUACUGUAAAAUACUCUGAUUCAGCUUGGCAUCAUGAAUAAAAGGAAUCUGUAACA